CAGUUCCGCUCUAAAUCCCAAACAUAAGAAUAAUAACAGAAACUCACAUAACGAGUUUGAUUAGCUUCCAAUUGUCAUAUGCAAAGUUUUGUGAUAAAUCUUGGCAACUGGAAAAUUAGGGUUUGAGAUGGCCAUGAGAGGAGGAAGGAAGAAUUUGAAGAGGGCAACCGAGGAAAAGCAUAUAACCCUUCAAGAUGGGCAAAGCAUCAUGCAGGUGGUGUCUCUUCGAGGCUCCAAUCUCAUUGAGGUCAUGGAUGCACGUGGUGAGAAAUCACUAGCUCUAUUUCCUGCUAAAUUUCAGAAAAGCAUGUGGAUAAAACGAGGGAGCUUUGUUGUAGUUGAUGAAAGUGGAAAGGAGAAGGCUCUUGAAUCAGGUAGCAAGGUUGCAUGUCUCGUUUCUCAAGUUCUUUUCUAUGAACAAGUCCGAGCACUACAGAAAUCUCCAGAAUGGCCUGAAAUUUUUAAAUAUGGGAUGGUAGAUGAUUCAAAUGAAAGAACUACCUCCGAACAAGGGAACGAGACAGAUGCCAGUGAUGAUGAUGGACUACCUCCAUUGGAAGCCAAUACAAACAGGAUGAGACCUAUUGAGCUGCAAGCUAACGAAGAUUCAGAAUCCAGUUCGGAUAAAGAUGAUUGAUUUAUCUAGUCAGGCUCACACGCUUAAUGCAUGUGAAAAAUUGUUUCUGUCCUGUCUUUAUGGGCUAAUUGCUCUGAAUACGUGAUUGCAUUGACUUGUGAAAUUAUAAAACACAAUGGAUAAAUCAUUUGCUUGAUAAUUUUACACCUCAGAACAUGAAUAAUAUAUUACGAAGAGAUAAAUGAAGGGUUUUAUGUUUAUCAUGUAACAUAACUUUACUU